AACGACGACUUCCUCCCUGUCUGUCUGCUAGCCGAGCCCAGUCUGGCAGAGACUCAUGGGGCCAGGGCUAUGCUUCACAGCUCAGCAGUGGUAGCAGCCCUCAAGCUUGGCACUAGCUGGAAGAGUACUUUUCAUGUGGGCGUUCCCCUGCACUGCCACUCUCUGGGCUAGAAGGGAAGAGUGUGGGUGGGCGGGUGGAUGGCAGAGGGGAUGGGAGGGAAAGAGGGAGAGAGGAGAGAGAAAGGAGGGGGGUGAGAGGAGGGAUGCAGAUGUACACCUUACCUUCCUCGCAAGACACAUCCUCAGAGCACACUGUUACAGACUAAUACCACCACCACCACCACCACCCACACACUGCCCAGCCACUACUCAGCUCUACUACAGCCCAAGGACUGCAGGUAGGUACAUGGGUAAAUAUUUACUGUCUGUGUUUUUGUGUGCCCAUGUAUAUUAACAGAGGAACUUUUUGAGAAGUGACAACUAAACCAGACAGAGUAGACACUUGUUCCAAAGUAAAACAAACCCAAACAAACAGGGUUGUCAUUUCUGUAACACUGCUUUGCUGAUGUAAAACACUGAGCUUGAGCAGGGAUUUCUGUAGGGUGAGCUGCUUUUUAUGUAUGCACAGGGCAAUGCCAUAUAGCAUAUUUAAUAUUAAUAUAAAAUGCAGUAAUGUUAAUGUUUUAUUAAUUGAGAAACAUAAACACUGGGUAAAUUUUCAGAAAGACUAAAUUAAGGUACAAUUUAUGACUGUAUACUGUGCUAUUUUUCACAGUUUGAAUUAGUGAUGUAUGUGGCCUAAACUGAACUUAGAUAACUGUUUUCAAAUAAAUGUGUUAUUAUAUUCCACUACCAAAUUACCAAAGGGUUGAAAUGAAUAUUUUAAAUAUUUCAAGAUUCAAGAUUCUGCACUGCUCAUCCCUUGUGGAGCUAAAUGAGUAUGAUUUGUAACUUAAUUGUAAUUGUAAUUUUGUAAGACAGCAAUCCAUUCAAUGUUAGGCUAGACAUCAGCUUUUGUCUUUAGUAAUGACUAGCAGAACACUCUAAGAAGAUGUCAUGGAGCAGAUUAUACAAUUAAAAAAUGAAAUAAUUAAAUUGUUCCAUAUUUAAUGAAAAACAAUUAUAUAUGAAAUCCAUAAGUAUUGAUUCUGUGGAAAGUGGAAAGCAGGUUAAGUAGGUGCAGUUUCAUCACAACACAUGCAUGUGUACCUGCAUGCAGAUGAGCAAUUCAGUUAUUUUUUGUGGAUCAAUUUCAUGAAAAAACCCUUGUUGCUCUUUUGUAGCCAUGAGAUGGCCAUGAACUUUAUGAAGCUUUCUCCCUUAUCCUGUAUCAGUCACGUGCUCACUGGCAAUUGACAAAUGAUCACCUUGUUGAAUUUACCCUUUGGGACUGCGGAAUUGAGCAAGGUGCUGAAAAAUGAGGAAGCACUGAACUGAACCUGGUGAGAAGCAACUCUCCCAGAAAAGGAUGAGUCUGCUUCUUUCAGCCUCCAGGCCAGGGCUUGCUCCCUUAGUUCCUCUCCCUUGAGGGAAUGGUCCUGCUGUCUGUCUGCUGCCAGGAAAAAAACACCUCCCCUUCCCCUGAGCAGAGGCCCAAGAGGGGGAUCAGGGGGAUCCUGUGUUUACACUCCUCUGUGGACUGGGAAGCUCAGAGGAGGAAGGUCUGUCUCAGCAGCCAUGGGCUUGCUGCACGGAUCUGUGGGAGACGGGUGUUUUGGCGAGUUGGCUGAAAUCCAGCUGUGUCUAGGCUGGAUAAUGAACUCCAGGUGUUCCUGUGGGUAGUUUAAGACACCUGUCACCAAUAUUUAGUGCCAGAAAAAGCCAGACUGCAAACUGAGCUAGACGAUCUGUUUACUUAUUUUAAGGAACCAACCUAACUGGAGGCACAGGCUUGAGGAGACUGCAGUUGAUCGAAAGUAGGCAUAUGAGGUUUUUUCACCAGCAAGUGUUGUCAGUAUGUCAGCCUACAGGCAUGUGAAAUAACAAUAAUAAUAGUUCUCUAGUGCAAGAAUUAGACAUUGAAGUGAUGCAAAUUCUCGGAUAACUCUUGCAGGUAUGCCUAGUACGCUGCCCCCAUUCAGCCCAUAUUAGCCCACAACUGUCCUGUGUAAAGGCUAAAAAUUAUAGAGUACAGGCAUUUUAAUUUCAGCACACUUUAGGUACAAGACUGAAUCUUCUGACAGUUAAGUGUGAACUUGCCUAUAGUCACUUCCUUGAGACUUGUUGCCUUGUGCCCUUUAAUAGAACUACUUUGAUACAGUCAUCUUCCUUUUCCCACAUUUUCCCACCCUCAGGAUGAGGACCUGGUCAAGGGCCCAGUGUGCAGAGUGCUCUGUGGUCCUUCUGGGUCUCAUAACACUGGCCUUUUCUUUGGGGAAUAUCUCAAGUAGAGUACAGGAUGAGGGUGUAGCCUCUAACAGUCUGGAAGACGGACUAGAGGUGACUACUUAUUGGUGGGGGGAAUGGGCGAAGUGGACAGCCUGCACGCGCACUUGUGGAGGGGGGGUCAUGUCUCAGGAGAGACAUUGUCUUAAGCAAAGAAAAAGAACAACAACUGGUAAGGACAACAUGACAUGCACAGGGAGUGCAAAAAGGUACCAUCUCUGUAAUACAAAGGAAUGCCCCUCAACUGGAAGGAGUUUCCGAGAGGAGCAGUGCUGGUCAUUUAACUCUCAGGUGUUCAAUGGAAAGAACUACCACUGGAAACCCCUUUACCCAGAUGACUACGUUCACAUCUCCAGCAAUCCCUGUGACCUUCAUUGCACUACAUCAGAUGGUCAGAGGCAGCUGAUGGUACCAGCCCGUGAUGGAACUUCCUGCAAGUAUAGCAAUUACAGAGGAGUCUGUGUAGAUGGCAGGUGUGAGCCUAUUGGAUGUGAUGGUAUCCUCUUCUCUCCCAACACACUGGAUAAGUGUGGAGUGUGUCAAGGAGAUGGGAGCAGCUGUAGUAGGGUAACUGGUAACUUUCGCCGUGGAUCUUCCAGCCUUGGAUAUUCCUUCAUUACCCAGAUCCCUGAGGGCUCAUGGGACAUCCAGAUCAUUGAGAGAAAGAAGUCUGCAGAUAUACUGGCUGUGACAGAUCAAGCAGGAAACUUCUUCUUUAAUGGUGCCUACAAGGUGGACAGCCCUCAGAACUUCCAUGUGGCAGGCACCAUCUUCAAGUACCGGAGGCCCACCGAUGUGUAUGAGACGGGGAUUGAGUACAUCGUGGCGAAAGGGCCCAUCAAUCAGCCCAUCAAUGUUCUGGUUUGGAACCAGAACGGUCGCAACCCUUACAUUACCUACGAGUACACAGUGAUGCGUGACCCUCUUACUCCAGUCUCCCAGCCUCCCAUCUUCACUGGCUCAGAUGGAGGAUCCAGCCACCAAGUCUCCAUGGAGAUCAACAAUGUGUCACCCCACAAUGAGAGUGUCAAUGACAAGGCUGUACCAGAGACACAGAGGAAGCAGGUGAGGAUCCAGAACAUUGGGCCUGGUGCAGUGGAUAAGCCUGGCGAGGAGACCAAUGAAGUGUAUGAGGACACAGCUGCUGUAGACUGUGAUCAAAAUGCCCCAACACCCCCGCAUUAUCCAGAUGGAAAUAGCAGCUGGCCAAGUGGAGUGGUUGCCCCUGGCAUUGUGCCUGCAAGCAGACCUGCAGAGGAGAUGGUGGAUUCUGCAAAUUUCAUUUGGAGGAUGUUUCUUGCACGUUGCACGUUGCACAUUAACAUUUCAACAAAUCAGCUUCUUAGUGAGGGGGAAAGCCUCAUCUCUGAAGCAGAGCCAGCUGAGUUGGACUACAGCAGCUCAGAGCAAGGGAACCUCAAUGGUUCAUUUCUUGAGUUCUCUCUAGGCCGCCGCCGCAAUGACACAGGUGAUCUUUUCCAGAACAGGACAUUGAUUACAAGCUUGAGGAAUGGCAGCCGCACCAAUCGCACCAGGAGUCAACAGAGGGUUACCGGGAAGAACAAGUUGAGUUCUGCAGAUAUGUAUCGUUGGAAACUGUCCUCUCAGGAACCAUGUAGCAUGACAUGCUCAAUAGGUGUGACAAAAUCAUUUGCUAUGUGUGUACGAUAUGAUGGUGUUGAGGUGGAUGACUCUUACUGUGAUGCUUUGACUCGCCCUGAACCGGUGCAUGAUUUCUGCAUUGGAAGGGAGUGCCAGCCAAGAUGGGAGGCCAGCAGCUGGAGUGAGUGCUCACGGACCUGUGGCGAGGGUUUUCAGUUCCGGCUAGUGCGUUGUUGGAAGAUGCUGGCCCCUGGCCUAGACAGUUCGGUCUACAGUGAUCUGUGCACGGAUGCUGAGCUAGAGCGCCCUCCAGAGCGCCGGCCCUGCAAGAGCCCCACCUGUGGCCCACAGUGGGAGAUGGCUGAGUGGUUAGAGUGCCCAGCAAAAUGUGGCCACAGAGGUUUAGUGACUCGUGAGGUCAGGUGCUCAGAUGAAGUCAGGUCGUGUGAUGAGACAACUCAGCCUCCAUCAUCCAAGAACUGCACUGGUCCACCUUGUGAUCGCCAGUGGACAGUCUCCAUGUGGGGCCCGUGCUCAGGUCCAUGUGGGCAGGGGAAGAUGGUACGGCAUGUGUACUGCAAAACCCCAGAGGGUCGAGUUGUGCCUGAGUCUCAGUGUUCAGCAGAGAACAAACCAUUGGCCACUCAUCCCUGUGGAGAUAAAGAGUGCCCACCACACUGGCUGGCUCAAGACUGGGAAAGGUGCAACACAACAUGUGGACGUGGCAUAAAGAGGAGGACUGUGCUAUGCGUCGGCAUCACGGGUGGCAAGUUUCAAAUCCAUGAGGAUGAGGAAUGCGACACUAGCAAGCGACCAGGAGAUGAGGACACUUGCUUUGAGAGACCUUGCUUCAAGUGGUAUACAACACCUUGGUCUGAGUGCACCAAGACAUGUGGUGUGGGAGUGAGAAUGAGGGAUGUGAAAUGCUACCAGGGAAGAGAACUUGUUCGUGGAUGUGACCCUCUGACUAAGCCUGUUAACAAACAGACCUGUGCAUUGCAACCUUGCCCCACUGAGCCACCAGAUGACAACUGCCAGGAUCGUCCCAGCACCAACUGCUCCCUGGCUAUUAAAGUCAACCUUUGCAGUCACUGGUAUUACAGCAAGGCCUGUUGCCAUUCAUGCCGGAAUCAACGUGCCACUUAGUUUUUGUCACAAGGAAAAUGUUCAUGCAAUUAAAUCAGGACCAGUGGGUAAAGGGAUGAUGGGGAAAAUAUUGAAUAUAUAGUAUCCCCAGACAGUGGCAGACAUCUGGAGUCUUAGAAUAUCUUGGUUUACCCAUUAAAUCCCUUUUCUGUUUUAUUUUUUUAAACUAGCUAUAUUAAACUACCAUUGAUGUCAGUAUUUUAGUAGCAAUAUCUGUUUUAUGACAAAUUCCUACAACUGUGGGAUACAUUAAGGAAACUUUAAAUUAUUUUGAUUAUUGCUCCGUGGACCGUAAUUAUAAAGCAUGAGCAUAUAUAUGAUCCAUCAAACUGGCAGUGAUGAUAGCCAGUACUGAAUAUUACCUUGGGCUUAAGAUGGAAAAUUUGUACAUUUAAACACAAGCUGGCUCUUCGUCCAUUGCUAUUUGCAAUGCUCUGCUGUUUCCUUGGUAUCUUAUUUAACUGUUACUGGACUAUUGCUUUUCUAUUGUUUAUUUAUUAGUCAGAGCAGGUGUUUGGUUAAACAUCCCAUGUUCUCCACUUAUUCUGACUAUUAUUCAUUAUUACUCAAUCAGCAGCUGUUUUUGACAGCAGGGAAGAACAACCACGCGUUUUACUUGAUUUUCCUGAGACGUAUUAUGUGUAAUUGACUGUGUCCUGGCACUUGAACAUGUAAUAUUUUAAACUGUAUGCAAUUUAUAUAUUGCUCCUUUGUGGCACAGUCCAGUUAAUAUAAUAUACAUUGCUGUUACCUCAGUGUAAAGAAACAAUCAAAAAUAAAUGUAAUUUAAUUUUAUUGUAGAAAAAAAUGCACAUUUUGUUACCUCUCAAAGUAGGAUAAAUACGAUUCCAUAUCUAGUCCAACAGUAUUUUUCACAUCCUAUAAAAUCAGGCAUAUUACAGUUUUUACUCUGAAGGCUUGAAUAAAACACAAUAACUUUUGACAGAUAUUGAAAUAACUGUCUGGGUUGAUUUAAAGUAACCACUGCAGUUCCUCAGUAAGUGUAACAACAUUCAGAUCAUUCUGCCCUCAAUGUGACAGACUGUAAUAUGAUGUAUACUGAUAUUCCAACAUUCCUUUCUUUUCAACUUUUGCCAAAGUGGUGAAUAGCUGAGUGAAAGAACUUGCGCCAUCUGCUGGUCUACUUACAACACACACUGAUGCUUAAUUUGCUGAUCAACGAUGGAAAAGUCUUCCAAAUUCUUGUUCAUUAAAUUGACCUGACAGGAAUGUGUAAUCUUUGCAGUCUCUAAAGGGUCAUUGUGGUGAAUCUAU